GUCCAGCGCAGACCCCAGCCAACGACAAAAGAAAAAACGCCUGACACACGCCCGCAGCUGAGCACAGCAGCGGCCGAACUGGGCUGUAGGUUUUACGGUGCCACACACUUGAGUCCUGAGUCUCUGGCAUGGCGUUUGUGACGCCCUCAGCGUGGUUUGAAAUGGCCGCGCCACAUCGUGGGGUGCUGCAGCAACCGAUCUCUCCGGCAACCUCAACAGCAACAACGUGCCGCAGAAGCCGCAGACCCUCCAUCAUAGCUUCUGCUUCUGCUAGCGCGACUUGCCCCGCGCCCCCAGCAGAGCUGCGCAAAGAAAGGCCGUCUGGCACGCGCCGUGUUGCUGGCACUAGGGCUCCUCCUCCUCCGCCCGUGGCGGCGGGCGACCUCGCAAAAACACAGCAGCCGCCGCCGGCAAGGCCACCACCGGGGACGAAGCAACCACGUCCCCCAACCGCAGGGACGGGGCAGCGAGCGCACCCGACGCGAACGCCACGACCACGAGCACGCCGUGUAGCGGGAAUCCGAAAGGCGUCCGUUACCAAUGGUCCGAAGGUCGGCGGCUGGAGGUGCCCGGCCUGCGGCGCCCAGCUCUACAAGCAGCAGGAGGAAUGCAGCCUCUGCCAGACUCCGAGGCCGGUCGCAGGGGCCGCCGGUGACGACGGCGGUUAUGUCAGACGGCCGGCGGGGAAGAGGCACGCCCGCGCCGACGUGCGCUCGCGGGAGUUCACCAACAAGAUCCGGGGCAUGCCCGCGGGCGACUGGCGUGGGGUGGUGCGAGAGCUCGAGGAGGAGGAGCGGAUGGAGGAGGCGGACGCGCAACUGCAGCAGCAAGGGGGAGGAGGAGGAGGAGGAGGCGACGACGAGGCCGAUAUGUCUCUGGGGGCGCCUUCGGUCCAUGGCUACCACGCGGUGAUGCAGCGUCUGGAAGAGUGCGGCCGCUGGCGCGAAGCCGCCGCCGUCCUCCGGCGCAUGCACCGCAAGCUCGGUCCCAGGGCCGGGGACGUGCCGACCCUCUCCGCGGCCUGCCUGCACAAGGCCAUGAGCGCUUGCUUCGCCGCCGAGCAGUGGGAGACGUGCUCCGACUUGCUUGAGGAGGCGAAGGGGUGGGCCACCGAAGCCUCCUACCGAUGUUUCAAGCUGGCGAUCGAAGCGUGCGUGCGGGGCGGUCGGUGGGAGCAGGGACUGUUCGUCCUGAUGGAGAGGACGUCCGAGAAGACGGACAGAAAGUGGGAAGCACUCCCAUUCAACCGGGUCAUGCAGGCCUGUGUCGACGCGGGCCGAUGGCAAGAAGCGGUGGCGUUGCUGGACCACAUGAAGGACGAAGUGGGCGCGAAGCCCGACCUCGUGACCUACGGCAUCGCGAUCAACGCGUACGGCAACGCCGGGGAGUGGCGAAAAGCCAUGGGUGUGCUGGAGGAGAGCCUGCCGGAGAUGAGAGCGGGCGGAGGGGCGUCGCGCCAGAACGCCUGCCUGUGCUUCGCCUACGCGAUCAGGGCUUGCAAGCACGCCGGGGAGUUCGACGAAGCUCUCGGCGUUCUCGACAGGGACGUGCCGGCGACCGGCGUCGCGCCCAACGCGCUCAUCUUGCACGAGGCCCUCACCGCGUGCGGGGUCGGCGGCCGGUGGCAGCAAGCGCUCGAGCUGCUGCCGCGCGCGCUAGCGGUUGCCGGCGGCAAGCCUUCUUCCUGCCUCAGGAGCUACACCGCGGUCAUCAAGGCCUGCGGCAGGGCCGGCCGGUGGGAGGACGCCCUGUCGCUCUUCCGAAGGGGACAGCGGGACGGGCUACAGCCCGACGAGGUCUGCUACGCGGAGGUCAUGUCCGCGUGCGCCGGCGGCGGCCGCGCGGACGAAACACUGGGCCUGCUGAGCGAAAUGUCGGCCGCGGCGGGGCUGAGGCCGACGGUCCCCUGCUACAACGCGGCGAUCGUUGCCUGCGGCGCCGGCGGGGACUGGCGGCGCUCCGUCGAGCUGCUGGAGGAGAUGCCGACGGUCGGGCUUGCUCCCGGGGUGUCCACCUGCAACAUGGCGAUCAACGCUCUCCGACGGGGGGGGCAGUGCCAGAGGGUCCUGGACCUGCUGGAGCGGAUGUCAACGGCGCCGGGCCUCCCGGCGCCUGACGCCACCAGCUACAACACCGCCAUCACCGCCUGCAAGAGCGCCGGCCGGUUCGAGGAGGCCGUGGGGCUCUUCCGGACGAUGGAGCGAAUCGGCAUCGCCCCUGACGUGGUCGGGUACACGGCUACCAUCCAGGCCCUCGGGCGCUGCGGGCGCUGGGAGGAGGCCCUGGCGCUUCUGGGGGAGGUGCGCUCGCGGACGACCGCCGCAAAGCCGAACGUACGGACGUACGUCGCGGCCGUCCAUGCCGCCGGGCACGCUGGCCAGUGGGAGCGCGCCGUCUCGGUGUUCAGGCUGAUGCUUGCGGACGGUCUCGUUCCGACGGACCGGGCGUGGAGCGCGGUGAUCUCGGCCUGCGAGGCCGCGGCGGGGGUCCUCGGGCGGGGGGACGAUGAGCGAGUGCGAGCGGUGAUGGCGUUGCUGGUGAGAGCAAGAGAAGAAGCGGGUGUGGAACGACCUGACGACGGGGGGGGGCACACACCGGGCUCCGAGCAGAAGGAAUAAGGAGAGAAAGAUUUAAGGGACCGGCAUAGGGAAGUAAAGGUUCCGGUGUGCGGACACAGUGAGCAAUCGCG